AGUGUCAUAGAUUGAGUUACGAAAGGAAGUGGCAAAAGCAAAGAAUCGCGAAAAACAUAGAUACAAUGUUUAUUUCGUUUGUGUAUUUGGAUUAGAGGAAAUGUUUAUUUCAUUAUAAUGUCAGGGCUUACUUCACCGUGUCGGGUGAAUCAUGGACUUUUCACAUAAAAAUGUGCAAGAUUUAAAGGAGAAAGUGUCGUGUGAAAUCCGAGAGUUGCCUUCAAUGAUGUGGAAGGGGUCGAUUGUGCAAGCGAAGGCUAGCUGCGUUCAAAGAGCUGCGGCCCUGACUCUAGGAUUCUUCGUUUUCAUUUGGUCAUGCAGAUUGGGGCAGUGUGCAGACUUAGUGAUCGAGAUUCCGGGUUCGGGUGUGGGCGGAGGAGGCGCGGAUGGUGGUGUAUACCGGCUGGACUAUCGGCCACCGCACGGCUCGCCCGCGCCCAAUCACACCGUACCCGCACGCGCGUCCACCAUUAACUUCCAAGGCCUGCCUGGCACUAAAUACCACUUCAUGCUCUACUACUCUAACGCGACGUUUGCGGACCUCCUUACAUGGAACCAAACUAUCAUCACUGCGCCGGAGCCGCCUACCAACUUGACGGUGACACUGGGCCGCAACAAACAGGCAACUAUUGCCUGGUCACCGCCCGCGCAUGGAGACUACACAGGUUUCCGUUUCAAGGUGAUCCCGCUGACGGAACGUUCAGAGGGCGGCGCGCGCAACAUCACGGUAGAAGGCGCUGGUAACUGGACUCAUACACUACGCGAUCUUUCACCUGGCGCCACUUACCAGCUGCAUGCGUUCACACUGCUUCACGACAAGGAGAGUGCCGCGUAUGCAUCGCGUAACUUCACCACCACGGUGAUCGUGUGUUGUGUUUGUGUUGUGAACGUGCUCGGUGGAUGGUCCGCAGGGCCCAAUACUCCGGGUAAGUUCAUCGUGUGGUUCCGCAACGAGACCACACUCCUCGUCCUGUGGCAGCCGCCAUACCCGCCAGGCGCCUACACGCAUUAUAAGGUGUCAAUAGUGCCGCCGGAUGCGCGCGACUCGGAGCAGUAUGUCGAAAAGGAGGGGGAGCCUCCGGGGCCCGCCCAGGCCGCGUUCAAGGGCCUGGUGCCGGGGCGCGCGUACAACAUCUCGGUGCAGACUGUGUCGGAGCCGGAGAUAUCGGCUCCGACCACGGCACAGUACCGUACAGUGCCGUUGCGCCCGCGCAACGUAACCGUCUCGUCCGCUACACGUACCGAGACAGCGUUCACAGUUACCUGGCUGCCGCCGCUGGAAGAAAGGUGA